UGUCUGGGCUACGCGACAGAGCCCAGAGAGAGACAGAGCCAUGAAUGUCAAGGAGGGAGCUGUUAAUUACAAAAGGUCUUCAUGCCUAGUAUGGCUUUUAUUAGCAAUAAGUCUGGGAUUGCAAUCAGUUGUAGGAGCAGCGCCACCAGAGAGUAUACAAGGUCGUAUCAUAUCGGGUAGCCAAGCCUCAGCUGGCCAGUUCCCCUGGCAGGUGAUCCUCAAGCGGGACGAGUGGGAUGACCUGCUGUGCGGCGGUUCAGUGAUCUCUGCCAAAUGGGUUCUAACAGCCGCCCACUGCGCCUAUGGGCAUUCUUCGCUCUUCCUGAUCUUUGGCACCAUUGAGCUGAACGACGACACGGCCCAGAAUAUGACAUCCACCACGUUCUUUGUGCAUCCCAAUUACAACGACAAGAUGAACAACGAUGUGGCCUUGAUCCAGCUGCCGCAGGCAUUGGUCUUCUCCAGCAGCAUUCAACCCAUCAGCCUGGUGACUGCGUCCCAGAAAUCGAACAAUUUUGUGGGCACUGCGGCCGUUGUGGCUGGUUACGGACUGAUGGAUGACGAGUACCUCGACUAUUCGCAGACAUUGAUGUAUGCCCGUGUGACGGUGAUCGAUAAUAACGAGUGUCUGCCCAUCUAUGGUGCCUCCGUUGUCUUGGACUCUACGCUAUGUGCCCAGGGUUCGGAUGGUAGCAAUAUGUCCAUCUGCAGCGGUGACUCUGGCGGUCCAUUGAUCACCUACAACUCCAGCACGGGACAAUGGCAACAGAUUGGCAUCAACUCCUUUGUGGCCGAGGAUCAAUGCACUGCUGGCUACCCCUCGGGCUAUGUUCGUUUGACCUCGUUCUUGGAUUUCAUUACCGAGACCACGGAUAUUGUGUUGGACAAUUGAGUGGGGAUUUAAUGUAAUUAAUAAAACAACGCUUAUUCGAAAAAAAAA